GUUGGAAGGGAAGCUGCUGUCUCCACCUCCAAGGCUAUGACUUUUGCUCUCUCUCUCUCUCUCUCUUCUCUAUUGGGCUGUUUUUGUAAAUUGAAGAUUACUACCCUCUUUAAUCUCUCCUCACAUUUCUCAUUUUUUUGAUAUCAUUCUUCUUCAACCUCCACCAACAGCAAAACCCUCUUUUUUCUUCUCUUCUCUUCCUUUUCAUUUCUCACUGUUUCUUCUUCCCCCUCUUUGUUUUUUCCCUCCCCAAGUGUGGAAAGGGGAACAAUAAAAGAGAGAAGAAAAAGCACAACAAAACAUGGGUUGGGGUGUUCUCUUUGUUUUCUUAUUCUCUCAGCUAAUAACCCUUUGAUUCUUUUUUCUCAUAGAUCGGCCUUGUUUCAUUUUCUUCCUAUUUGUUAAACUGGGUGCAUGCCUUGCUGCUUUAUUUGAAGAAUUCCUUUUGUAUACUUGACUGUUUCAAGUUGGAAACUUAUAGAUAUCCUAAAUGCAAGGACAGAGGGGUACAAUUGGUUCCUUGCCUGAAACCUUAGAAUUUGAUUGUGGAUCUACAUCAAGUACUGCUACAGUUGAUCAGCAUAUUUUCUGGAAUAAUAUGCGGAAUCCUGCUGAAAAUCAGUAUAUACUUUCCCCUGGUGAUAUAAAUCCAUCUUACAUGAAUUCUAUAAAUCAUGAAUGGCAGAACAUGAGUGGAUGGAGCUUAGGUGAGCCUAGUUCCAGUAACACACAAAACAAGGUUAACAACAAUGAGCUGAAAAGAGAGCUAGGAUUAUCAUCUUCAAUAAGUUCUGGUGCAAUUGCUGGUCCGAGACUUGAAGAAAGGCGCUUUGAACCAAACAAUACUUUUUCAUUGGACAAUGUUACUACAAGUCCUAUGUAUAUGCGCAGCUCUAAUUCUCAUAUGGUGUCGCAGAAUCUCAAUUUAAAUGCAGGUUUAGCAGAUAGUGGUAGUGAUAUUAACUAUCAUGUGGAACAUCCUAACUUGCACAAGUCUAGUGGACCAGUAAAUGAGCAUGUACCACCUGCAGUUGGUUCCGGCACUUUUCUGCUUCCUUCUGGAAGUAAAGGCUGUUUUAUUGAGGGUACUGAUGGUAGGCCAGGUUGUUCUCUAGACACUCGCCGUGUAUCUUGUAAAAGAAAGGCCAUUGAACGAAAUGUUGGACAAUCUUCGGAUGGUGGAAGUUCUAGCUAUAGUCAGCAUACAAAUGGUAGUACUUGGAACACUCUUCCUACUCAGGAUUAUGCAUGGAACAAUUUUAAUAGAUCUGCCCCUGCAGAACAGGUUAAUGCACGGCUUGGCCUGAGUAUGGGGGAUGGAGCCUCUAAAAGUCUUCCCGAGUCUAAUGUUGCAGGAAGCUCAGAAAGCUUUCACAGAAAUUUUCGUUUGAGGAUAAAUCCUUCAAGCCAACAAAUUUCUGUUCCUCCCACUGCAAUCUCAAGUGGGAGUGUGAUUAGGAAUUCUGAUGUUUCUUCAUCCUCUCCAAUAUUGCAACAAUUUCAUCCUGUUGAUAAUGCUCCAGACUUGAGGUCAGUACCACCAGUAGAUACUAUGAUUCCUCAAGCCCAAGAACCCUUUGUAAUUCAUGUUCCUGCUUUACCAAGGAAUAUGCAGUCAUUCAGGUGGAGUGGUGGUUCCAGCUCAACUAAUAGCCAUUCAUCAAACCCAGUUAUAUGUGGUGAUAGGGAUAAUCUACCAAUUGAAGAAACAGGCUUGAGAAUUAUGCCUAGAAACAUUUUAGAACAUCCAGUGUUCGUACCUGCAACCAAUUUAAGAAAUGUGCCUCGAAAUCCAGCAAGAGUGUCAAGUAGUGCAAAUUUAAGUAUUCCAGGAACUGUUGGUUCUUCAUUGCGGACUGGAUCAAAUGCAGCAAUCAAUCCAUCAUCUGCCUCGGCAGGGGUUUCUUGGCCUAAUCCUCAGCAGUAUCCACGCAGGCUAUCUGAAUAUGUUCGUCGGUCUUUGUUUGCUCCUGGUUUGGAAGCUGCUGGAAGUUCAAGUAAUAAUUAUUCUUCCUUGCAUGUUCCUUCUACCUCAUCUGAAUCAAGGGGACUGUCGUCUAGGGUAAACCCUGGAUCAUCUUCAUGGUAUGAGAGGCCAAGUGACAGUGAAUUUGGAAUUCCCUAUUCAUUACGAUCUUUGGCUGUUGCUGGUGAAGGAAGUAGUAGACUUGUAUCUGAGCUUCGCAAUAUGUUGGGCCUCAUGCGUAGGAGUGGGAACCUGCGAUUUGAGGAUGUUAUGAUCCUCGACCAUACAGUGUUGUCUGGAAUUGCUGAUAUUCACGACCGACACAGGGAUAUGCGACUUGAUGUUGAUAACAUGUCUUAUGAGGAGCUAUUGGCCCUAGAAGAACGCAUUGGAAAUGUGAGUACUGGAUUGAGUGAAGAGACCAUAUUCAAACUUUUGAAACAGAAGAAGUAUUCAGCUGAACCUGGUUCUCAGCUUGAGGCAGAACCUUGCUGUGUUUGUCAGGAGGAGUAUAACGAUGGAGAUGAUAUAGGAUCACUGGAUUGUGGGCAUGAUUACCAUACAAACUGUAUUAAACAGUGGUUAAUGCAUAAGAAUUUGUGUCCAAUUUGUAAAACAACGGGCUUGGCAACAUGAAACUUGUCUCAAAAUAUUCUUAGAAGAUGAAUUUGGAGGUCAAGAAAAGUGGCACAAUUAUUUGCAACUGAAGUCUCUGGUGCUUUGCUGCUUAGUAAAUGGCCUACCUUAAGUCUUAGCCGAAUUUCUUAUUGUCAUUUUUUGUUUAUUUGUCAAAGCCAAUGAUCUCUGAGUAAGGUGACACAUGAGAUGAUUGGUGUGGAUAAAGGAACAUUUCUUAACUGUAGUUGUCAAGGCUUGUUUUACAUUUAUGAAAUAUUUUUUACUCUGCUCAUUUUAUAUUGCACUUGUUUGAUUUAUGAUAUGAUUUAUAUAUGGGUAACCCGAAGUUAAAUUGUGCUAGAGAAUGGUUUCAAAGCACAAGAUGGAAACUGUGAGUGUGAAAUAUUAGUCAUACAUUACC